AUGGUUGUCGCAGCUACAUCUCACCACCAGCAACCUCAACACAAUCGACCAUCACCACCAUUCCUACCAUCCAUCACUGCCCUACCAUCUUCUCCAUCACCACCUCUUUCUUAAUUCAAGGGGCAAGGAUUGAAUACCGAAUUGUACAACAAGAACAAAGACAGAGGGGAAACUUAUAGUAUCGUACCACAAGUGCUAUCAGGCAUACCUAAGAUGUUGUUACUACUUAUCCAAUGGGCUCAGAAGACAAUGAUUGAAAAACUUACAUACAGCAGUGAUAUUCAGUGUACGGUAUUGGAGGUUAAAGUGAUAGAAGACCUUGGAACAACCAUUGAUGUGGUUUUGGUUAAUGGUGUGCUUGAUGAAGGAUAUGAAAUUGUUGUUUGUGGCUUUCAGGGGUCAAUUCAUACAACAAUCCAAUCAUUUUUGACUCCUCACCCAAUGAAGGAACUCCGAGUAAAGGGAGCUUACAUUCGUCAUAAAGAAAUCAAAGCUGCACAAGGGAUUGAUUUACUUACUUCGCUUCAUAGACCCUUCUCUUUUACUGUCCCAUGUGGAAGAUUUCCCAAAUAG